GUGGUUAGCUUAGUGUUUACCUCGGCCUACUCCUGUGGGAAGCCGGCCGUGCCCCCGACUGUGAGUCGUGUGGUGGGCGGGCAGGAGGCCACACCUAACAGCUGGCCCUGGCAGGUCAGUGUCCAGCACCAGAUGGACGCUGUCUGGUUCCCCUCCUGUGGAGGCACUCUCAUCUCCCCUGACUGGGUCCUUACUGCUGCCCACUGCAUCAAGAAGGGCUACAACUACAGAGUGCAGCUGGGCAAACACCGUCUCAGUGUGGAGGAUGAGGAGGGAUCCAUGACCGUGCAGGUGGCCAAGAUGCUCGUCCACGGCAAAUACGAUGACCACCUCACCCGUAAUGACAUCGCCCUGCUCUGGCUGGACCACACUAUUGAGCUGUCUGAUACGGUGCAGCCCGCAUGUCUGCCCCCCUCCGGCUUCAUCUUGCCCCACCAGGCUUCCUGCUACGUCACUGGCUGGGGACGCCUGUCCACCAAUGGCGACGGCUCAGACUCUCUGCAGCAGGUGCUGCUUCCUGUGGUGGAGUACAACGUGUGCAAGCAUCCUGACUGGUGGAGCUUCCUGAUGACCGACAAGAUGGUGUGCGCAGGAGGAGAUGGGAAAGUCGGUUCCUGCAUGGGAGAUUCCGGCGGCCCCCUGAACUGUGAGAAUUCCAACGGAAUCUGGGAAGUGCACGGAAUUGUGAGCUUCGGAGCUGCUUCCUGUAACCAGGUCCAGAGACCCUCUGUGUUUACUAGGGUCAGCGCAUAUGUGUCCUGGAUCGACAGUAUUCUGAUGCAGUACGGUUAAAAGAAGAGUCUGCCUCCACCGCCUGCUGCUCCACCCAGUGCUCUCCACCACCAUCUGGCAGUCUGAGU